AUGCAGAGCCAGGCAGCGAGCUUGUGCGGCCGCAGCGUGGUGGCAGGCAGCAGCAGCACUAACAAGCGACAGAACCGGCGCAAUGCCAGCGCCGCCCCUAGCCAGGCCACCCGCAAGGUGACCUCUAUGGUGGCCACCGGCCCGCGGCUACCCAAGCCCAUUGGCGGCGACACGGGCGGCGACGAGCCUCUGCGCAUCAGCCUGGGCGAAGGCAUGAUGGCCAACAUCUUCAUCGGCUCCCUCAUCUUCAUCGAGGAGCUGGCGGAGAAGAUUGUGGGUGCGGUGGCGCCCGUGCGCGACUCCCUCGACGCCUGCCUCAUCUUCCCCUCCAUGCCCGCCGUCAUGAAGCUCAACAAGCUGGGCUCCUUCUCAAUGUCCCAGCUGGGCGGCGGCGGCAAGUCGGCCAUCGGCGAGUUCAUGAAGAACAUGCGGCAGCAGAACGACAACUUCGAGGAGCAGCUGCUCAAGCUGGUGCGCACGCUGCCCAAGGUGCUCAAGUUCCUGCCCUCCGACAAGGCCCAGGACGCCCGCAACUACCUCUUCCCCGACGUCGGCCUGUGGCACCCGCGGGCGCCGCACAUGUAUGAGGACUUGAAGGAGUACCUCAACUGGUGA